CUCAAGAUAACCACAACCGCGUAGAAAUUUCAUUUGUAUUUUUUGUUUAGAACUCAUUUUCUCAGAGUUCAACAGCUGCUACAAAUUAGCACGUGAAUCCUGUUUAUUUGGGAAACACACUGAGCACGUAUAAAGUGAAUUCACAAUGAAGGAGAAAACUUGCUUCCAACUUCGAUUCACUGUCGAUUUUGCAACAAUAAAUAAAAACGAAAGGCAUGACACAAUAUAUGCAUAAUUUGCUAAGUUGAUGUUUAAUACAGAAUGUACGUAAAUUCGAAAGUCUUCGUUCGACGAAGUAGCUAAGGCCGGAAAUUGUUUUACAGGUUCAUUAGAUGCCUACGAACAUGUCAUAAAGUUUGUCACAAAAAUGAGGUUCGGAUUUUCGCGUCGCAUUUUUUUGAAAAUUGAUAAAGUUGUAAUUUCACGUAUUUUUUUCCGUUGGUCUUAGAAAAAAAAAUGGUUCUUGCAAAAGUUGUCCGUCAUGUUGCCCUCUGUAAAAUUAGUCCCAUACAAAAAUCACGUAUCGUUGGUAGUUUACUUGUAAAUUACCUAUAAACACGGACAUCGAUCGUUUUGUUUAUCGCUAUUAAUUCUGUGAAUUUUCAAUGACAUGCCUUGAAACUCGUCCAACGUGUAGAACAAUCAUUUCUCCUAUUUUUUCAACAAGACCAAAAAUUUUGCGCGAAACUCCAAGCCUGAUUUUUUUGACAAACUUCAUGAUAUGUUUCUAGGCUAGCCAAUGAACCAGUAAAAAAAUUUCCAGUCUUAUGUUCUUCAUCGAGCGAAGUCAUGUAAAUUUCGACUGGAUCACAAAGAUUUAUUUUGGAUUUUCAGGCUGGUCAAAACAAUGUUUGAAGUAGAUAAUUUAGAAAAAAUGAAGAAUGAACAAGUGCAGCUGUGGUUAGUCAAAUUGAAUUGGAUCAAAACGAUGUCGUCGCCUCAUUAUCAGAAAAAACCAGCGCAUGCAUACGAAGAGUUAAGUUAUCAACAGUUUUUUAGACAUCGCUAUACUAUUCUGGAAUUUUUGUAACUGAAAAAUGUUUGAUUUUUACGGGGCAGUGCUCAACUAAAAUAUAUGCGAAAAACGAAUUUAUUAUACCUGUUUUCGAAACUGACGUUCAAUUCCAGUAGAUUCCUGCUUUUUCUGAAUUAUUUACUGCAUUACAAGUCCUCUUUUUUGUUGAUUCAAGGAUUUAUCAGGGGUACGUAGUAUAUAGCAAAAACAAUAAGUAAAUGGAAGAAUUGAGAAAUAAAUACUAAAAAAGGGUCAAAACGAUUUCGUCUUAAUAUGGAGGAACGAAAACAAGAAGUAACGGAUUUGCAUUUAAAGAGCAUAUAAUACUAUUCUAAAUUUUCUGUAAAUGAUGAACUUGUACCAUAUACCUAAUUCGAGUAGAUCGUAGCUGACUUUGGAAUAAAUUGGAAUUGGGGAUUAGAUGAUAGAUAGGUUAAACUAGUAUCAAUUGGUCAGAGUCUUGAGCAGAUAUUAUACUUAUUUUCUUAAGUGUCGAUCGACACCGAUUAGUAUUAAAUAUAAAUACGGUGUUUUGUUUUCACAUUGAAUAAGUGACCUAUAGAAAGAUUUGAGGAAUAUCAGAGAGAGGUCGACCGACGAACAAUGGUUCCAUUUAUUGCGAAGCAGACAUAUUCUUCAAGCAGUAAAAAUGCUUCAAGAACAUUCAUUACUUCUGGUUAGUUCCAUGACGGACACUUUGGAUACAGUGUCAGCAUAACUUAUAUCCGUGCGAAAAUUUGGCCUUGGUCACUUGGAUACGACAAUUAAAGAAGAUAACCCUUGACCGCAGCUCAAUCUUUGCGGAUUUCACACUCAUUUCGUUGCGCGACACGGCACACAAGCCAAGCAAAGAAAAACAGCAGUUGGAAAUUUGCUCAACUGCGAGACAGCAGACAUUUUUCACGAUGGUGUUGCGAGUGACCGUGAAAUGUGUCCUCUUUACAAUCUUGUCAAGUUUAUUAUUUUUCGGUACAAGUUAUGGUGAGCCAGAAGUGACGAUUCUUCAGGGUAACCUGCUGGGCACGACUGUCACCACUAGAAACAAUCGGAGCAUUUCCGCUUUCCUCGGGAUUCCGUAUGGCCAGCCACCGAUUGGAAAUCUCAGAUUCGCGAACCCCGUGGCAGCCGGAGCUUGGAACGGGACUCUGAAUGCCACUAGAGAUGGAAGCGUAUGUCCCCAGGCGUUAGGCAGCAUAUCAGGCAGCGAGGAUUGUCUGUACCUCAACGUUUACACGCCACAGCUUCCGGUGAACACAAGCACUCUGCUUCCAGUGAUGGUUUGGAUCCAUGGAGGAGCUUUUUUACAAGGCAGUUCAAGCUCUGCCACUUUCUCGCCAGACUACCUUUUGGAUUCUGAUAUCGUGCUCGCCCUGCCGAACUAUCGGAUCGGGGCUUUAGGAUUUCUGAGUACUGGCAACGAAGUGGCUGCUGGGAAUUGGGGGCUGAAGGACCAGAUCCUGGCUCUCAAGUGGGUGCAAAACAACAUCGAAUACUUUGGCGGUGAUCCUGAUCAAGUCACACUUUUUGGACAAAGUGCUGGAAGCGCUUCCGUUCAUCUCUUGUCACUCUCGAAAGCGGCGGAAGGACUAUUCCACAGAUACAUAACACAGAGUGGGUCGGCUCUGUCGACUUGGGCCCAUUUACCCAGUGCAGGAUACGCAAACCGUGCUUUUCAGCUCGGUGGCUACGUUGGCUGUGACAACGACACCUCGAGUGCCUUGAUCGAGUGUUUGCGAACCGUGAAUGCCUCGGAUAUCGUCGCCUCAGCCUCACAAUUCUACGUGUGGGAGUCGGUCCCAUUUGUUGUGUGGGGCCCGACUGACGAGCCAGACAUCGAAGGCGCGGUGCUCACCGACAGUCCUACGAACUUGUUUGCGAAGGGUGAAUUCUGCGAUUUGCCUUGGAUGACAGGAAUCGUCCGAGACGAAGGGAUCUUGAUGACCGGAGCGUUCUAUAGCGACGAUGAAAUGUUUUAUGACUUUUUGGAUAACUUCGAUCUUGUGCUGCCCGAGAUGUUGACCUUGAAUUACCAGACAGACUCAGGAGCCGCUUGGGUCAAGGCUAUGAAGACGUUUUAUUUCAACGACGAUUUUACAACAAACUCAACUGAGCUGCUCACGAACCUAACUCGUCUUUUUGGCGACGCUAACUUCAUCUAUCCAACCUUGGACGGACUCCAACAGCAGCUUCCUCUGGCUGUGAAUCCCCAGUACUUUUACUUGUUCAAUUAUCGAGGGACCUACAGCCUCGCUGCGGGAAUACCCGACGCCGUUAUGCACACCGACGAUGUCAUCUACCUCUUUCCACUGAGGUCGUUCGUGGGAGGUGAUAAUUUGACCGACACUGAUUUUGAAAUGGUGGACAACAUGGUGCAACUCUGGACAUCAUUCGCGAUCAAUGGGACACCAACGAUUUUGGCUUCUGAGGAAAAUGUCACAUGCACUGAAUACUCGACGAUGGACAAUUAUCUACGAAUAGGCAACCAGUCUGAAGUUACACUGUCGGUGGAGUACUCUCUUUUUAAAGAGCGCAUGGAGUUUUGGGCUAGUUUGGUUCAAGCCGAAGCAUCUACAGCUACCUUGACGAAUACCUCGGCCGGGAUCUUGGUUCUUUUAUUUAUUUGCUCAAAGCUCAUAUAACCGAUUUUGCGCUGGCAAAUGUAAAAAGUACUUUGUUUAUGAUAAUUAUAACUUCCUGGGACGUGUCCUUUCUUUUAAGGAACUGAGUUGGUAAUACAUCAAUACUUUCAUUAGACUACCUCACGAGACAUUCAUGCAUUGAGUGUUUAUCAAGUUAUUAGAUUCAUAAGCUAAGAAAAUCUGUUCAUACGGAUCAAAUUCGCAGGUAUGUUUGAGCGGUAUGAAUCGAAGCAUCGAUGUCUGGUAGUGAACUUUUUUUCAUAAUUCCAGUAUCUAAUUGUUUUGUUUCUGUAACGAGAUCUCAACAGCUUACUAUUUGCUUAUACGUAUCACAAUUAAUAAAAAGUAUCGAUUACGGGCCCAGCUGAAGGAUUUUUUAGCAUAGAAAAUCAGUAACGUCAAGUUCUUGUGUAUCGUUCACAAAAAUAUUCAAUCAAUAUCUCCAAGGAAUUAUCUUAGAAAUUAAAAUAUAUAACACACACGCACAAAGACAACUAUAUAUUAUAUGUAUAUUUUAUAUACAUAUGUAUAAAAUUCACACGGGUUCGGGAAUUUAAACCCUCGCGACUCUCAUGUGGACCCCUUAAGGCUUCAAUAAGUGAAAAAGAGCAAUUUUGUUUGGCUACAAUAAUCUUAAAAACAGUAAAGAUCAGCUCUUGGACUUCUUCCCCCCCCCCCCCCCCCCGCUCUUCCCCGAUUUUG